AUGGUCGGGGUCCAGGGAGCAGAAGUGGAUUUUCUUGGCAAUAAGCGGACUCUGGGACUCCGGCCCCCUAUCCCCAAACUGAAGCGCUUCCGUGAAUAUCCCCGUCCUCCGCAGGGGGAGGGGAGCAGGAUUCGCCUAGUCUGUAGCACACCCCCACCCCAAUCCCCAGACCUGGCGGUGCCCUCCUACCAGACACCUCCACCGCACAACUCGGGCGGGGGCGUGGCCGCCCCCCACUUCCGUGGUUUCCGUAUUAAAACCAAACGGACAGCUGAUAGCUCUUCUUCUGAGGAUGAAGAGGAAUACGUCGUAGAGAAGGUGCUAGACAGACGUGUGGUGAAAGGGCAAGUGGAAUAUCUACUGAAGUGGAAAGGCUUUUCUGAGGAGCACAAUACUUGGGAACCAGAGAAAAAUUUGGAUUGUCCUGAACUAAUUUCUGAGUUUAUGAAAAAAUAUAAGAAGAUGAAGGAGGGUGAAAAUAACAAGCCCAGAGAGAAGUCAGAAACUAACAAGAGGAAAUCUAAUUUCUCUAAUAAUGCUGAUGAUAUCAAAUCAAAAAAAAAGAGAGAGCAGAGCAAUGAUAUCGCUCGGGGAUUUGAGAGAGGACUGGAACCAGAAAAGAUUAUUGGGGCGACAGAUUCCUGUGGCGAUUUAAUGUUCCUAAUGAAAUGGAAAGACACAGAUGAAGCAGACUUGGUUCUGGCAAAAGAAGCUAAUGUAAAGUGUCCACAGAUUGUGAUAGCAUUUUAUGAAGAGAGACUGACGUGGCAUGCGUAUCCAGAGGACGCGGAAAACAAAGAGAAAGAAACAGCAAAGAGCUAAAGAAAGGGCUGCUCUCCAACAUUUCUCUUUGUAUAUAAUACAUUCACCUCCCUGCCUCCUCUCCCUCUACCCACCCCCUUCAUCCUAAACACAUCGAUAAAAAUGUGCUUAUCACUGUGCUCCACAGGAGAAAUGUUGGUAUUGGUUCUCUUGUAACAUAACUGAUGGUCUGAUUCAUGAUAAGUGUCUCUGUGAAGACCAGGCAUUUAUUUACAUACUGUAUGUAAUUCUCAUGAGUUUUCUUUUGCCCAUAUCUCCUCCUCCUGCUCCCUUAACCAUCAAAUGAGUUCUAACUUUUUAAUCACCUUAGAAUCUUGAGCUUCUCUGGAUUGGAGAUUUUGUUACAACAAUGAUCAGUUUGGUUUCUUGAUUUGGUUGAUUUGUUGAUGACCAGCUGGCCUUUUGUUUUGAAAUGUUGGGAUGGAAAAGAUGUUGCCUAUCUUUUUAAAAAGCCAGUAGCAACUGCCUACCUGUUGGGGUUUUCCCAGCUUUAAUCUGCUCUACCCAGGAGAAUACAGGGCUCUUCGUGUGGUCUUCUGGGCCACCCUUUAUUGUUCAUUCACACUCAUCCUCCCUGAGUAGCUCCAUCCUUUGGAGGACUUCAAAUGUUACAAUGCAGUUUACCAAGGCACUCCUUUUAGCCGCAGGUCUUUUGACCUUGUUUCUUAGUAACCCCUGCUUCUGCUUCUGUAAGGUGGUGCCCUCUGUCAUAAAAUGACAAAAUUACUAACUGGAGAUUUUUAGUUAGUAUAUGAGGAUGAUGGGGUAGGAUACAGCUGUCUUUAUAUUAUCACAUCUGGCAGGCAUCUGUGUAUUAUAUAUAUUAUUGCCUUCCAUCCCUCAUUUUGGAUUCUAUAUUUAAUAUUUGUAGGUGUGAGUGACUGCCUGGUGCUUGUUUGUGCCAAGGUGCUAGGCACCCUCCAACUCUGCCAACUUUGUGGCCUCCCAAAGCAUUCCUGUUACCAAAGAGGCUUCAGACCUGACCCUCGCUUCUCAGUGGUCUCGUUUCCCCUUCAUGCCAUUAUUUUCAGUGGGGAACUCAUGGAGGGGAACUGUUGGCCACAGUAUCAAUUUUGAAUAUUCAUAACAUUUAUAGUCCAACAUUUUCUGUUUUGUUAACUUGGGUUUACCACCAAUAGUCUCCAGUGUUAAUUUUUUUUUUUUCUACCCUCUAAAUUUUGGUUAUAUUCUUAUUUCCAGAGUGACAGGUCCUGGUGUUGGCAUGUUGACACAGCCCCACUCAACAAAUUUGCUCUUGUUUAGCUUCUUGUUUUGUAAAUAUACCAAGAAAAUGUUGUUCUCAUCAUACCAUUCUAGCUUUGAACCCCCUCCCCCCCAAAUGUCCCACUUCUCUGCCCUUUUCUUCUGGUAGUUGGGGUGAGGGUGGAGGAUGGAGCUAGAGAAACAAGACUAAGAGAGAAUUUCAGGGCGGUGCUGGUUUUUUUUGUUUGUUUUUUUCCCCUUUUCCAGAGCACUGUUCAUUUCUGGUUUGCAUGGGGGGUUGAACCUGGGACUUUGGAGCCUCAGGCAUUUGCAUAGCAUUAGUAUAUCUACCCUGUUAAAUUUGUAGAGUUUUGAUCAUCUUUGUCCCAGCCCAAAGCUGAGGAAAAAAGAAUAAAUGUUUGAAAUAGCCUUAACUCUAGAGUUCAUUAGUCGUUGAAGUUAUUUUUGUUAGUGCUUUUGAUUUUAACGUCAUACUGCUUGCUGUCUGUUCAGUAGCAUUCAAAUAUUUCUACAUUAUUCAGACUUAUGAGAAUGAGUAGAUUGCUCCGGUUUACAGAUGAGCCAAAUAAUAGGAAAUCACAUACCCAUGCAUAGCUUUUGUUAACAUUGACUCUCUGUUCAGCUGCUGAUUGAAAUCUGUGUGCUUAUAUAAAUUAUGUCCAGAAUUAUAAUGCACAGUUGAGUAGACAGCUGUUGCUGCCAUGACAUGACAGACUAGAACAAUGAAGCUUUUGGUUUAAGUGAUCUGGGAAAAUCUUUUUGAAUUGUAAUGUGAUUGGGUAAGAACUCAGCACGUACCUCAACUAGGCAGGAGUAUUAUCUCCAUCUUCCCUCUCUGAAAGAAUUAAAGGCCUACAUCAGGAGCUGGGUAAUUGAUAGUUGUUAGUACUUAAACUGAUAGAUAUCUGAAAGAGAAGAGUGGUCAGAAAAUAAAUUGGUCAGAGAAGUAACCAAGGAGAUCAGCUACAUCAGAGAAGAUAGGAGAAAGCUAAAACAGGCCCGGCAAGGAGGCUUCUCAAUUUGCAGGGAAGAAAAUGAUUGUGUCAUGUAGUCAGUGUGUGUUUUCUCAGGAGCUGACAGACAGCAUGUAAAACUACCGUGACCACAUAUUCUUUUUUUUAUGCCUCCAGGCUUAUCGAUGGGGUUCGGUGCCAGUACGACCAAUCCACUGCUCCUGGAGGCCAUUCCCCCCCCCCCUUUUUUUUUGCCCUUGUUGUUAUUGCUCUAGGAUAGGACAAAAAGAAAUCAAGAGAGGAGGGGAAGACGGGGGGGAGAGAAAGAUAGAUAGUUUGCAGACCUGCUUCAAUGCCUGGGAAGCGACCCCUUGUGGGUGGAGUGCUUGGGGCUCGAACUGGUAUCCUUACGCCAGUCCUUGAGCUUCGUGUCAUGUGCACUUUAACCCGCUGCCCUAACACCCGGCCCCCCCAUGACCACAUAUUUUUAAAAGUCAAAAUCUAGCAUGUGGACAGUGAACAGAACAAAGUUAUUUGGUACAGAGGUUGGUACUAAGAAACCUGGGAUACGUGGGUACCACAGUUACAAGUAAUAUUUAAAUAAUUGUCAAUCUUAUUUCCUCCUCCCUCUUUGUAUCUAUUUGAAUGGAAAAAAAAAAUAGUUGAGAGUGGUGAAAUCUCAACGUGUUGAAGGCUCCAGUUCCACCAAAAAGAAAAAAAAAAAAUUCAGUUUGAUUUCCUUUUAACAGAAUAACUCUGGAAUCACAUACUUAUCAUCCCUUACCUUACUCUUUACUCCAUCUUUUUCUGUCCAUAAUUACUGUAAUCCUGACUGUGUUCUGAUUAUGUCAAAAUAAAUGUUGGCCUUUCCCUUUCUACCUUCAACUGCUCCUAUAGGAAUGUAAGGAACCAGAGACCAAGGCUGGUAUUAGCCCUCAACAGAAAGGAAACCAGAUGACUUUCUGGCAUUUGUUAGUCUGAGUUCUGGACUGUCCUAGGCCUUAGAAAGCUGAAACUUCAAACAGGAAUCUGUUUUCAUGGGCUUUCUCCUUACAAAAGAGUUAAUAGACAGGGAGCAGCCAGUCUAAACUAUCUAGGUCUCUGUGCUUGAAGUAUACUAUCUCUCUGUCUAGUCCUCUCUCAUAGUGUCUUUCUGAUUCUGAUUUACAGCAAUCGGCAUCUAAGGCCUCUUUCCCAGGGUGUAGCAGAAGUUUGCCUACCAGACCCUUUCAGGGUUAGUGUAACCACUUUCCUUAGCCUGGGGCUGUGCAGAUGUCCUCAUGUUGAGACCGGUGUUAGGAAUGUUGGUUCUCCUGCAAGCAACUCCCUCCUUCCCCCUUCCUUCCUCCCCCUCCCUCUUUUGACAGGGUGAGAGAUCACUGAAGCUUUCUUUAAUUCAGUGAGGGUCACACACAUGACAAAGCGGCACACCUUUCAAGUGAGCUGUUUUGCUGUCCUGGAAGCACCCAUUUUGAGCUGGAAGAGAGGCAGAUCAUUUUAUUACUUGAUUUGUCUGCCCAGGAGAGCAUUUGAACCUGUGAUGCUGCUCAGCAUGGCUGAGAUGGCUGUUGACUAUUCCCCAGAUGCAGACUACUCUGUUACUGGUGAAAGGUUACCAUGCUCUCAGAAUUUGGCUAGUUCACUUAUUCUUAACAGUUGUCAGUAGUGUGCUCUAGCCACUCCACAGUCGAUUUUCCUUAUAUUUAGGUCAAAUUAUAGCCUUGGGGAAGAUACUUGGGGUCUUCAUCUUAUGACUUUGUUGAUUUUUUUUUUUAAUUUAGUUUUAAGAGAGACAGAUAAAGAGAGAAACACCAGAGCAGUGCUGAGCUCUGGCUUAUGUUGGUGUGUGGGGGGGAUCGAACCUGGGACUUAGGAGCCUCAAGCAUGAGAGUCUAUUUGAAUAACCAGUAUGCUGUCCCCCCCCCACCUGAUUUUGUUGAUUUUUGUGUAAGACCUAAGACACAGUGAGGUAUUGGGGGGGGGAUAACUAGGGGGAGGGUAUUCUGUGUUUGAACUGGGGAAAUGGAUUUGUCUUAACUCUUAGAAUUUGAAUUCAGGACCUUCAGAAACUACUUUGCAGUGACAUGAAAAUCCUAGGAGGGAAUAUGUCAUUAGAUUUUGAAAUACGGAAAGUUCACCCUUCACCUAUAACUUCAUUGUUUUGGUUUCAAUGCUUAGAGUAAAGAAGUAUAGUGUUGUGGUUUGUUGCCUUAUUUAUUCGAUCAGUAAGCAACACACUGGUAUCUCGGCAGCGCUUGUACCCACUGUGUUUCAGCUGCAUGCUGGCAUUUAUCAAUUACAAAAGCUUGCUUUCAGGAACCAGGUAGUGGUGCACCUGGUUGAGCGCACAUGUUAUAGUGCAUAAGGUAACAGGUUAGAGCCCCUGGUCCCCACCUGCAGUGGGGAAGCUUCACGAGUGGUGAAGUAGUGCUGCUGGUGUGUCUGUCUCUGUCCCUCUCUAUCACCCUCUUCCCUCUCAAUUUCUGGCUGUCUCUAUCAAAUAAAUUAAAGAUAACAACAACAAAAAACAAAACUUAAAAUUACUCAAAAGUAUGCUUUCAAAAAUAGAGAUGUUAUCUACCUUGCACCCAAGAAUGUAUACUAUCCUGAUUAAUGGUGGCGAGUUUAUGUUGAGCAGACUUUGUUCCAUCCACAUUAGUCUGUGUUAACAAUUCAUUCAAUAAUAUGUUUUGGUCCUGUGGCUACAAAGUUGGAGGAAAGAUGCAGUCCCUGACCUCAAAAGCGCUUUCAUAGUGUUGUGGGCAAACUGCCCAUUAAUAAUUCAGUUUAAUAAAUCUUAUAAAUGGUUACACAUUUCUAAUUUGGGGACAGGAAAAGAAAAAAAAAUGAUGUGAGUAUAGUUUGUGGCCCUAAAAUUAGGAGAGUGACACUUGGCCUUAAAUAUGUAACCUUGGGUUAAAUAAGUUAGCUGGCUGUCGAGAUGCCACAAUCAGGGCUUCUUUUAUGUCAGAGUAUAAAGACAACUGAAGGCUAACUGGAAAUGCUGCUCUUCAUGAGAGAAGAUGACAGGUGAAUAGAGAUUGAGAUUCCCCUUGGUUUGGGUCUGUUUUAGGUUCCUUGCCAAAGCAGUUUAGAGUAUACUUAAUCCUUAUUAGUGCAGAGUGCUACCUUGCAGACUCAGUCAUCUGUUAGUGUAACAUUCAUUCUUGCAAGGAUUUCUGUUAGAGUGACUUGCACCGAUUUCAGUUUCUCCUCCCUUUUGGAGGAAUUAGCUUGAGACUGACCGUAAGCCUAAAAUUGGUACCUAUUUAGAUUUGCUUUGGGCGGGGGGGGGGGGGUUUGGGUGUGCAGGUACAUCUUUUAACACCUGGGCCUCUGUUCUGGGGAAGGUAGUUUUCUUGAGCACUUGAGGGUGAUUUCUAAGCAGAGACUUACUGCCGUUUUGUGGAAACCACCAGAAAGGCACACACACCUUGGAGCUUCAGAUUCAAUCCAACUAAGGGAGGUGUAGGCUAAGGCCUGACAGGGUUGAAGGACAAGCCUUAAGCAGUUUCUUAGUUCUGAUCCUUGUGACCACCAGAAAAAGAUUUGUUCCUCUGCUGGAUAACUGAGAGUUGACUGACUUUGAAAGUUUAAAACCCCAGAAGUAAAUUCUAAACUGUCCAGGAAAAUGACAAGUUGAUAAAAGCAAUGCUAGUUGCUUCUUGCUUGAGUUGCAUUUCUUGAAUUUUAAUCUACCUCAUUUUGUCUCAAGUUGCUUUGACUUGUCAUCACCACUUGAGUAUCAUGCUUGCCUUGGGUUGCUUUUGAAGGUGGGAUUCAACCUAUUUGCCAAUAGCAUGCUCUCUUGCCUUUUCAUCCUGAACUCAUUUCACCUUCUUCUCGUGGCUUCUCUGUUACAGAAAUGUUUGAAAAUAGUUUUAAAAUCUUGGUUUAUAAGGAAGUGUUUGUUCUAAUGCUAUUUGUCUCUAAGGUCAGUAGAGAAGGAGUUAAAAAUGGUGUUGUGGGGAGGGCACAGACAAGGGAAGAGCCAUUAAUUAAGACGAUUUCAAAGUCAACUGAUUGUGACCAUUAAUGUCACAAUAGAUCAAAACCUAAUUAUCACAGCCUAGGUAAGAGCCAUCAGUAUUAAUCGGAAAAUCUAAUAGGAAACUAUUAUCAAGAAAUUAGACCAAAUUGAAUGCAGUGAACUUUUUAUCUUGUCAUUCUUUCUCUGUCUCUCUCUCGUGAUGUCCCCUGGCAUUGGCAAGUGUGACCCUUAUAUUUGAUACAGGCCCCAGUGGCCAGUUUGUCACACUUUGUGAGAAGUUUCAAAUGUAGACUGAAUCUGAACUGUCAUUGCUGCUUUAAUCAGUCUUGAGCUUUCUCAUCACCUGGACUUAUUUAGCAUGAUCAGCAGUCAGGGAAAAAAGGUUUAUAUUUAGGACUUGUAAUAGUUGGCCUUUUAUGAGACUCAAGUAUCCCAAGUGGACAUUAUAUAUCAGCUGUUGUGCUGAUAAAUCAUUCUUUCAGCGUCUGUUGUGUGUAGUUCUGCUGCUUUCGCUGCUUCUUGGGGUACAGAGGACAGGAAUGGGAAGGGCCUCUUCCCUGGAGAUUUUUCAAAACCUGAGGAAACUUGAGUUUAAUCUUGUCAUAGAACUUUAAAAAACUCAGUCCGUUUCUAGCAUCUUUAUGAUUUGUUUCUAAAUCAGGGCUGAGUGUGUCUUGUUUUCAUCUGAUUUUUGAAUCAAGGAUUAGCAUGGUUUCUACCAAAAUACAGUGUCAAUUCAAAAAAGGGAGAUAGUGUGAGGCUGUUUUGCUUUUACUCAAAAGGUUAUGUCUCUAGCAGGAAGAACAAAAUAUUACCAGAAUCUCUGAGAAACUAAAAGAAAUACUUUGUCUUAUCUCCCUAAGUGGAAAAGUAGGAAUCACCAUUUAUAGUCUUACUCUUAAGAUAGAUGCCAAUGAAAAUGCUACACCUCUGGAAGUUGAGUUGGGACAGAAAGGUUAGAAAGGCGUUGCUCCCGGCUGUUGGGGGAGAGACCAGAAGCACUAGGAAGGUGUUUGGUGGUGCUAGGAUUCCUGUGCUUGCUCCCAGCUUAGCCUGUAGAGAAUACUGCUGCUGCCAUUGUUAACCUUUCCCAGUGUCCCUGCAGUCCCAGCCACUGCUGAGAAGAUAGCUCUCCCCUUGUCCCCUUGAAUAUGCUGUUGCUUCUGGGCCAUUGAGAACUUGGGAUACUCAGUACAGAACUUUAGGAAACCAGUGUGACAGUAUAAAGUGGAUGCUUUUUGACAAAAAAAUAUAUAUCCUUAGUGAUGAGAAUGUUUUCUCUUCAAAACAUCCGUUAACAUGACUCUCAGAAGCAGUUGAUUUCUCCAAGGAGUGUUUAUUCUUCAUAUUUAGUGGGCCCUAAUUUGUGUGUGGGUUGAUUGAGUCCAUCUAAUUUGCAGACUGAGGUGAGCCCACCAACUUCCUUUUGUUCCUGAGUGUAAUUGAAGACAUAAAAUGCUUUAGGGAGUGGAACAAGAACUGAGUGGAUGCUGACUGUGUGCCAACCUCCUUAACUGAUUGGUAAUGGCUGACCUUGGGCAAGUCACUUCUUCCAAUGCCUCAGUUCCCCAUCUGUCAAAUGGGGGUAAUAAUACUGACCUACCUCACGGGGGCGUUGUGAGGCACUGUAAAUCCAAGUUGAUAGAAUACUCUGGGGUCCUUGGUGGAAGAUGCCUAGAUCUGAAGUCUAGGCCUGACACAGACUUUAAGGUCAAACUACUUAGUGACCUCAGUGAGUUUUCUGCCUUCCCCCACCCUCAUCAAAGCUGCUAGUUCAGAUGUUGACAGUGUUUUUGUAAAUGUUGGAGUCUAAAUAGUCCAGACUUUUAAGGUGUCAUGGGGGAAGGCACUUAGUAUUCUGUUUUGCAUCCAUAAAGGGACUGUUUCUGGCCCAAGAAUAUUAGAUUAGGGAGUAAUGAGACAGGGAUGUUACUGUUUGCUUCUCUCUGCAGGUUAGAAAUGAAGGUCUCAUUUCCUUGGGACAGACAUGGACUGUCUCAGGAGCAAAACAAACUCAGUGGGUUUGAUCUGUGUUGUUGCUUAGCCCCGGACUUAUCCCUGUAAUUCGUGGUUUCUGUACCCAAGCCUUCACCUCCCCAGCUGGUUCAUUAAACAACUAUUUCUUGUUACCCACCAAAAAGAAAAAG